AUGAACUCGUCAUUGCCGGACAGAAGGGAGGAUCGUUUCCCGCUGCUUGGCACUGAUGAACAAUCAUCGCAGGGACCAGCCACAACACUCAGGGGUAAUGAUGAGGAAGAGCUUGCGAAGGAGUCCAGCAAGGAUGGGGAGCGAAAGAGCAGUUUGUAUCUCUUUCUGCUGACGUUGAGUAUUGGCGGGCUACAAAUGGUUUGGUCUGUUGAGCUGUCAAAUGGAUCUCCUUACUUGCUUUCACUCGGGAUGGAUAAAUCCCUCCUUGCCUUUGUGUGGAUUGCCGGGCCAUUAACUGGAACGCUUGUCCAGCCCUAUGUUGGCAUCUGCAGCGACAACUGCCGGAUACCAUGGGGGAAGAGGAAACCAUUUAUGAUCGGAGGCGGAAUUGCCACGAUAAUAUCCCUUCUUGCACUUGCAUGGGCCCGCGAGAUCGUCGGCGGGGUUUUGGGCAUUUUUGGUGUUCCCUUCCGCUCCACGGGCGUUAAGGUUACAUCUAUCGUCCUGGCGACCAUUUUGAUGUAUUGCCUUGACUUUGCUAUUAAUACUGUUCAAGCGACAAUCCGAGCUUUUAUAGUUGAUAAUGCACCUGCGCAUCAACAAGAAUCAGCAAAUGCAUGGGCAAGCAGGCUCACUGGCAUUGGAAAUAUCGUGGGCUAUAUAUUGGGCUAUCUCAACCUUCCCAAAAUACUCCCAUUUUUUGGAAAGACACAAUUCCAAGUCCUGUGCAUGAUUGCUUCUCUGUCACUGGGCAUCACACUGUUGAUCAGCUGUCUAUACAUUACAGAGCGGGAUCCCCAACUCGAAGGGCCUCCAUCCUCGGAUAAUCCGGGAGUUGUUGCUUUUUUUAAGCAAGUCUUUAAAUCCAUCCGCAGCCUUCCCCCGCAGAUACGCAAGGUAUGCGAAGUCCAGCUCUUUGCGUGGAUCGGGUGGUUCCCGUUUCUCUUCUACUGCACGACGUAUAUCGGACAGCUAUAUGUUAAUCCGAUAUUUGAGAAACACCCACAUUUACCUCCCGAAGAGAUCGAUGAGGCGUGGGAAGCAGCGACUCGUGUGGGUACCUUCGCAUUACUUGUCUACGCGAUAGUCUCAUUCGUCGCCAGCAUGAUCCUACCCCUCCUCGUCGUGCCAACAUACCGACAAUCAUCUCAAACACCAAAAGCCGUAGCCCCCGACACCUCACUACACCCAUACCUUAGCCGCAGAGAAUCAACAUCAGCCGUAUCCAUCACCGCAUCAUCCGUAGCCGUCCUCCUAGCACCGACCAAUGAAACCGUCGAACCGGCUGUUACGAGCCCAGAGGCAGAGGCGCCAACGCCAUUCUCCCAUCUGCAGAUACCAGGAUUCACCCUCCACCGCGCCUGGCUCAUGUCUCACAUCAUGUUUAGCGCGUGCAUGUUCAGCACGUUUUUCAUCCGCACUCCGCAGGGUGGGACGUUCGUUGUGGCUCUUGUUGGCGUAUCGUGGGCGCUGACGCUGUGGGCGCCCUUUGCGCUCAUUUCGGCGGAGGUGGCGAAUAGUGAUGCUAAGAAGCGGAGGCGGAGAUAUCGGCUGCAUCAAGCUAGAUUGGAGGCUGCUGGGGGAUCGCUUCCUCCGGCCCCGGCUGGGGGGCGGGAACAGGAUGGCGUUGCCUCUAAUCAGGAAAAUAGUCGUGAUGGACAUGAGGAGAGGGAGGUGCAACAGGAUGGGGGUGCUUCCAUUCCUUCUCGUUGCAUCCCAGCUUCAUCUGCUUCAACAUCCGCACCGUUCCGCGGUAACCAUGUCAAACCCAGCUCCGAAGGUGAGAAUGAAGACGACGGCAGCAAUAUUGACGAAGCAGCAGAAGAUCAAGAUGAAGACAGAAGUGAAGAUGAAGAAGGAGACUAUGACGAAAACGACACCUCCGACCAAGCGGGAAUCAUCCUCGGAAUCCACAAUGUGGCCAUAUCAUGUCCGCAGAUUCUCUCCACGCUGGUGAGCAGCGUCAUCUUCAAUGCGCUGCAGAAGCCUCGCGGGGAGCCCUGGGAUGAUUCUGUUGGCUGGGUCUUGAGGUUUGGCGGUCUUGCGGCGAUUGGUGCCGCGUGGGUUGCUAGGGGGCUUGGGGAGGGGAGUGAUGGGAAGGCGGGGUCAAGAUCUAGGUUGAGGAGAAUGAGGGAUGUUGUGUAA